UAUUUCUUUUUAAAUAAAUAUUUUUUACAUAUUUCCUAUUUAUUUUUAUAAUAUAUUGAAUGUUUUUAUUUCUCGACAUUAAAAAAGGACAAAAUAUUUUUCACAAAUGGCAAGGCUGGACACUUUCAAUUUCCUCUCGAUUUGUUUUGAUCGUGUGUUGUGGGAAGGUGUAAUUGCUUAGUGUAUUGGUGAUAAUUUUGUUCUUGCGAGACAUGUCACGGUGUAAAUUCGCCAACAACACGUAGCAGAAAUGGAAGAUAAAGCAGGAUGGAAGGUGGAGAUGCUGAUGGAGAAGCUGCGAGCCAAGUCCUCCAACAUAAGAACUCUCCAGGAGAGCUCUAAAAAUCUCCGCCUGGCACUAAUGGACAAGCGUCAGACAGUGGACAGCGCCGACAGGGCGCAGCUCCAAAAGUGUCUGGACCAGCUGCAGGGCAAGGUCAAGUUUCACAGCCUGCAGGGCAUGCUAGAUCGCCUGGAGAGCGUCGCCAAACAACUCGGGAUCAAGUUCCGUCUGGGCAGCAGCGGCCAGGGGUGUUUCAUCGAGUGUGACAUGUUCUAUGUGGAGCUGGAGCUUCACUCGCCGUCCGGUCAGGUGCGCGAGGUGAAGAUCCAGCAUCAGCCAGAUCAGGCCACACCGCCCCAGCCGUGCCCGGAGCUGGUGAAAUGCCUCACCGCCGGCGACUUUGCCGAGUUCACCGCCCACCUAGAGGGCCUGCUGGCGCUCUACAAACUCAACGCCGACCGCAAGCUGAAGAUGCGCGCCUACCCGGCGCUGCGUGCCAUGGAGGAGGACCUGUCGCGCCUGGCGGCCAUUCAGGCCACCUCCAUCCCCGACCCGCGCUCGCUGGUCCACCGAGGGCCGGUGGGCAUCGUGCAGCUGCGCAGACUCGGCCACCCGAUGCGUCUGACGUACAUGGUGACGCCGUACCACUUACUGGACGUGGAGAGUCGCCAGUUGCUGCCCCUCACCGUGGAAACAGUCACCUCGCGCGGACUGGGGCUCUGGGCCGAGGUGUGUCUGCAGAGCUCGACCGCGCACAAGUUGCAGACCACCGGGCUCAUCAGCGUAGAGGAGAGGCCGGACGGAAAGAGUGUGCCGGUCUACUCUCAGCUGAGCAGCUCAAACAGCUGCACUCUGCCGGCCACCUUCGUACUCAAACUCUCCGAGAAGAUGGCCAUGUCCGCUGAAACGCUGGAUAAAAUAACCGAGAUCACCAGUAUCCGGCCGACGGAGGCGCCCGUUGCACAGAGUCUGCUCUCUCUGAUCGCCCGCGUCAGCUCGGACGGCAAGAUGGAGGGGCGGCCCGACCAGCCACUCUAUGUGCAACUGCCGGACGCGCUGCACUGCUACUACAUGGAGGGCGGCGCCGAGCUGGUGGGCGCCGUGGUGGACGCCGUGCCCUUCACCCACCCGGCGCACGUGCCGCCGCUGCUCACCGUGCUGCGCGCCCAGGCGCUCUUCAACACGCUGGUGGCCAGCUGCGUGCGCACGCAGACGCCCAAAGUGACGGAGGGCGCUGUCUGUAUGGAGCUCACCGCCAUGGGCGGCUCGCGGCUCUCCAUAUCGUUCGAGCACCCACAGGAGGAUGCGCUGGCCACACUCGAAGUCGACCUGUCCAGCUCGCCUCGCUGCCGUCUACACACGGCCACACACAGCGACUUUGACCAGGCGACCGCCGUCCUGCAAAAGUGUCUCUCCAUCCCCGUCACCAUGCGCGCCCUAAUGAAGCGUCUGCGCGGAGCGGCCGCCGGCCGACGGGACGCCAAGCCGGGCCCGGCCGUGUCCUCUGCCGGCGCCACCGACCCGCCCGGGGACACGUCCGACGUCAAACGAGGGACCGACGCGGCCGCCGACUCCGGGUCGUCGCUGGGGUUUUCCACGUACCCGCCGUUCGGGCUGAACCAGAUGCAGGGCCUGUGGCCGGGCACCACGGCCACGGCCACCGCUAGCGCCGCCGCGCCGGCCGCCACCACGGCGGCGUCCUCUGCGCCGGCCUCUGGCGGCCCCAGCGCGGCCAGCACGCCGGCGGCCGUGGCCACGCCGAGUCCGGCGCCCACGCCGUCGCCGCUGUCGGCGCCGUCCCCGGCCGAGAGACCGCGGCUGCCGUCUGCCGGCCGUGCCGAAAGUCCUCAGCCUCCCCCGCCGCCGCCGCCGCCACCAGCGCCGCAGUCAGAAAUGGAGGGUAUCGAGGCCACCGUGCGGCAGCUGGAGCGGGAGCGGGCGCGCCGGCCGGCCGACGAGCCUUCCCCGCGCGCCGCCGACAAGCGCACUGAUCUGUUCUCGUUUCCCGGCGGCGGUCAGCCCAAUAUUCCGCCCUCGCUGACAAUCACCCCGAUACCGAACAGCCGACCGGACGAGCGUAAAAAGGAGCGCAAAGACAAGGAGCGAUCGGACAAGAAGCGGCGCCGGGACGAGUCCCCCGGCGGCCGUACGACGCCGGGCCGCGAGCGGGAACGAGAGCGUGGGCGUGAGGGUGGCGGCAAGCCGAUGGCCAUGAAACAGGGGGCCUCUCCGCCGGCCAAGAAACACUCAUCGAGCGCCGGCAGCUCUCCGAACAAAUCUCACGGGUCGUCAUCGGGGAAAUCAUCCAGUCCAGUGCCAAAAUCAAAAUCGUCAUCGUCAUCGUCAUCGUCAUCAUCAUCCAAGCACGGCCAUCUGACCGUCUCCCCGAAGCACUCAUCGUCACCGAAGCAUCCCAGCGCCAGUCCGAAGCACGGCUCGUCACCCAAGCCGCCCAGCUCGGGAAAGCCGAGCCUGUCGUCGCUCCGCUCGCCGUCUCCGUCACACCAGUCGUCGUUCCGGAGCAGCGGAUCGUCGGGGAAGAGCCGCGACAAGAGCAGCAAGGACAGGGCCAAGUCACAUCGGCCGCGGCCGGAGCGAGAGGGAGAGGGCGGCUCCAGCUCGCGGUCGGCCCCGUCUCCGGCCGGUAGUGGCGGCGGUGGUGGCAGCGGCGGCGGCAGUGGGGAUCGAUCAUCAGCGUCGUCCGAGUCAAAGUCGCCUGGACGAUCUCGGAAGACCGGUUUGUUGAACGAUGUCAUUAGCAAACUGAACAAUACUCUGGCCACGGCCGAAGAGGCCGGCAAGGAGGGCGUAGGAAAGGACGGACGAAGGACAGAGUUUACCGUUAAACCGUCCUCGGAGGGGAUCAAGCUCACGAUCAAUAAGACCAAGUCUCGGUCGUCUUCGUCCAGCCCCAGCAGCGGCAGCAGAGCGCCGAGCUCAAAAGACGGAGAGAGGAACUCUCCAUCUGGUUUAAAACCAGGCGUCGCCAGCGGGCCCGCCUCCAAGAAGACGUUCGUGUUCCCGAAGCAAUCGAGUGGCGACGGCAAACACUCGUCUUCCAGCACACUCAGCGAUCUGCAGAAGAGCCUGUCGGCCAAGAUGAUGAAGCGCCCCGAGUCGGCGAGCGGAGUGCGGCCUCGCAGCGACAAGCACCGCUCGGACAAGACGGCCGCCGAGCUGGCGGUGGGCGGCGACCUGCCGCCGCUGCCCAAGUCGCUAGAGAUCCGCAAGAUCGAGCGUCCGGCGCCGGCAGAGCCGAGCGCUCCGUCCGGCGGCGGGGCGGACCUAUGGCCGCCGGCCGGCGCGCGCACCGCCUCCUCGGCCGACUCCGGAGACAUGGGGUCGGAGCUGGGCGGCGAGCCGCGCCCGCCGCCGCCGCCGCGGCCGCCACCCGUGCCGCGCGCCUCGUUCCCUCCCUCGCCGUCCGUACAGAUCCACAUCGUGAAGAGCCCGGCGCCGGUGGCGUCGCCGCACCAGUUCUCCAGUCUGGUGUCGCCCCACUCGUCGGCCGCCUCGCCGUGCGUCAUCGACGACGAGCUGAUGGACGAGGCACUGGUGGGGGGCAAGUGACGGGGGUGGCCGGCCGGCCCGCCGCGCGCUGUCGUCGCCGCCGGGGCCGGCCGCUGACGGGCGGGCGGAGCUUCCAUUGGGCCACGCUGAGCAGAAACCAUACCGGGCACCGGCACACUCCGGCCGUAACCGCAGCAGGAGGAGACAAGCCGGCAGGGCUGUCCGGAAGGGACUAGUCGGACUGGAACGGAACGCUGCAAUACGAGUUCGUCUUUUUUGUGCCGUAUUGGUUCCGAUACCGUUGACAGUUUAUCCCGUAUUCCUUUCAUGAGUUCGGUAUUGAAGCGCUCUUCGGUUAGGACGGCUUGCAAAUGUCUGAAAGUCCCUGUCUGUGUGGUUUUUCUGUUGCGUGUCUGGUAUGUGAGCUCCCCCCGCUUUAAUAUUUACUCAUGUCGUUUCUUAGCUCAAGUCUCCCUUCGCGUCUGUGACUGAAGUCAGGGUCGUGCGUCAGUUUGGCUGGCUGGCGAGAUAGUCCCCUCUCUCACCGGUCAUACCGUAUCUCAACGGGAGCUGGGACUAGGGCGUUCCACCGAGGGCGAGGCUAGGCCAGUUCCGUGACUCACUGAUCAAAAUGACUGACUGACUCCGAAAGGCAGUCGCGGUAACAGUGUACAGAGAUUAUAUGUAUGUACAGCUGAGCACUUCUCAUAUUUCUUGUAGGACUAAACCGCAAUGUUGACUCGGCAGAUUGGUGUCGACGCGAAUACGUCAUGUGUUUGUCUCCGCUCGAGAUUCGCGGGUGGAGGGUGAUAGUUGUGAUGCGUUUCACAUCCGGCCACCGUGCUCCAGAUUCCCGGGGCGAUAUUAUUUUUUCGUCUCGCGUCUUGUAAUAUGCGUCACACGGACUGUGUUCCCAGUUGGAGUGGACGGUUGACGGCACUAUCCUGUACUGUCAUGCAUUCUUUGGAUUGCUCAUUUUUUUGUUUGGCCCGUGUGCUGUGAUUUUCUUCGUUUUUGAGAGCAAUGUUACGGCUCCUGUGGGCAGUUCGCUGAGCAGGAGCCGGGCGCAGCUCAAACCGGUACGGUUUCCGCCACGUCGACUGCAGCUCAUCAUCUGCGUAGGUCGCUUCUUUAGUCCUUAUCCUAUCAGCUAAAAAGGUGCGUUCAGUGGCGGUGGUACCGAAACUUGGAGCGUCCACAGGCAUUCCAUCCUCAGAAGUCGUUCUGGCGCCGGUUCAUGCUGUUGUAGUAGUUGUGUGCAUAUUUGUCUAACUUGUGUCCGUGUGGAAUAGAUUGCAAGGUUACAG